AUCACAGUGGCUGCUAUUAGUCUGUGACUUUACAAUAGUUCAUUGAGUUUACUAGUACUAAAAAUAGCUCACUAACUAAUUACAAAGUUUAACUAUGUUAUGGCAUAUCUGUACUUUAAUGUCUUCCCGAAAAGUGUCAUUGUAAUCUCGUAGAAAAUUCCCUUACCAGAAAAAAACGUUGAAAUUCAUGGCAGAAAAAAGUACACUUUUCGGCGGGAUGGUUGAGCGGAAGUAGGUGUCAACACAUUUUCAUAGCCCGCAAUUAUAUGAAAGCAGAAAACAGUGAUACUAGUCUAUUUAAAUAUUAAUUUAUUUUUCGAAAGAAUUAAUAAAUUUUUUUUAAGUUUUUCGUGUACCUCUUCAUUUACUAUGAUUCCUAUAAACAUGGUUUAAGUAAUUCGUCAUUUCUGUACUAAGCUAACGUCGAUCGUCAACUCAAUCCUCCAAGAGAAUUACAACCUCAAAUUUAUUUAGCAAUUGCUACAUUAGAAUGAUUUCUUUACCCGCGGGUAAAGCAUCGAAUAUGCAGUUUUGAACUUAAAUUGCAGUUACAUAUUUGCAAUGUGUGGAUGGACAUGACAGGUUAGCUUCGCAAAAAGCGAUGGACGCAGAACUGAGGUUUUCUUACAGGCAGAGUAGCGUAGGAUUUUCGCCCGAGCGCCUCGAGUUUGACGGCAAUGUAACUGUUCUUAGACAAUUAGACAUCGAGCAAGACGUUCUUUGCAUAUGUUACACGGAAACCUAUGAGUUUUUGGCAGCAGGUCUAACGGACGGGACGGUGAAGUUGUACAAAACGAACUCCAAAGGAGAGAACUUUCAACUGCGUGAUAUAGAAAUCACACAGAAACCAAGUCCAGUGACGUCUAUUAAACAUAGGCCUGUUCACAGAUCUCAUCCAAUCACGCGAACCAUUAUUGCGACUUAUGUUAAUGGAUGCGUGAAAUGUUGGCAUUAUCCAAGUUCCCAGUGCUUGUACACCAUACGAGAAAAAAGACAGACUCUUGGCUUGGCUUAUCAUAAUCAUCUGCCGAAGUUUGUGACUGUUGGCAAUGAUGCAAAAAUCUUUUUAUAUGACGAAGAGACUAAAAAGCUGGAAAGAGCUUUCCAAGCAAGCGAGUCCUUGGAAGUUAUGGACGGUCACAAAUCCAGAGUUUUUUGCGCGUGUUUUAAUCCAAAAUCGGCACACGAGUUAAUCAGUGGCGGAUGGGACGACACCAUUCAGUUCUGGGACACCAGGCAACCUCAUGCUCUUAGACGGAUAUCCGGUGUCCACAUAUGUGGCGAUGCACUGGACAUCAGCAAGAAUGGAAGAGAGAUUCUAUCAUGCGCCUGGCAGAGGGAUAAUUCAAUCCAAUUAUGGGACUAUGGCAGUGGAAAACACCUGGUCACCGUAGAACCUGACAGUUACUCUUCUCUACUUUAUUGCGGAAAGUACGUGACGAACAUGUUUCUUGCUUGCGGCGGUUCUGACACUAAUCUCUUCAGGGUGGUCGACCUGCGAUCUCAUGCGACUUUAGCUAUGGUCAGGAACUUGACUGGAGGUACGUACAGCUUCGACAUAGGUCCAGUGAAUCCGAAAUACGCAAAGAAAACAAGAACCGUCUUCGUAGUACCACAGCUGGCAUUCUGCGCCGGUAGACAUAUCUUCGAGAUAGAUGCUCAGCCCGGAUGAUCUUUCUUCUAUUUCAAACGGAUCUCUGUCCAUGUAUACUUUUUGAGAAUUAAAUAUUUUUCUAAAAAAGGAACCCAGUGUUCGUGGCGUGAAGAUAAAAAAGGAGGUCGAGAAACGAUGAACUGUUUUCUUUAUUUACUUUUCAGCUGAUUGUUCCAAAAAUAAGGAGACAACGAACGUGGUCCGUUUGCUGGCGAGUUUCAAACGCAAAAGCACAAUGUUGGGCGAUGUAACAGUUUCUUUUUAUUCUAAUUCAAUGUGUUACAGUUCAAUAGCAUUCGCUCUCAGGAUCGCUUGCCGCUUCAAAUAACCUCGUCCGAGAGACAACAGCGGUUAGAAUGAACGUAUGAGAAAUUAUCUGCAAAAUUAUCUCAGUAAUAAAAUAUAUUUCUACACACACAGUCGUCGCGGAUGCAUCUUAUCAAAAAACGAGCCUCGCAUUCAUCAUAAUCAUCAUUAUCAUCAUCAUUAAGGGAGUAUAAAAUUGGUCGACAUGGCUUUGCGAACGCAAACAGAACGAACGGGUCCGAUGAUAUGUCUGAGAACGACGAACGACCUGGAACGUGGUUCCAGGAUCGCGUUUUCUCAUUGUACUUUCUCCAGUUGAACCUUCGACGGACAAUCGUCGUCACUGCUCGGUAAAUAGAUAGAUGGACUGACAGAGAGAGAGAGAGGGAAAA